CUAUCCUCUUCAUUCCCCUUGAAUCUCUGACUCGACCGAGUUACCCAGUUCUAGGACCUUAAAUUAUUGCGCUCGACAGCAUAUACUAUCCAGCAGCCGGUAUAUUUGACUCAGCAUCCUGAGCCCAAGCCUAUCAGUCUUCAGCCUCGUUCAUCAGUGAUCAGUCUAAAUGCCGGGUGACGUUCCUGCCAAGCCUGAAGGAAUACAAAGGGCACUCCUUAUUGCUGUGGAAAGGGUAUCCGGUUUCCCCAACCUCCCUCAAGCGCACAUAGAUGUGAUAAAAAUGAGAGACUUUCUUGUAAAGUUUCGUGGCUACCGCCCAGAGAACAUUGUCACUAUGAUGCAUCAUAAGAGUGUUUCGCCAAAGUUAUAUCCCAGUAAAGCAAACAUGCUGCGUGAGAUUGACAUUAUGGUCAAACUCACAUCCCAAUACGACCGGAUGUUUUUCUAUUACACCGGUCAUGGCGAUCAAGUGACUUGUAAACACAACUCUGAAUCCGACAACAAAGAUGAAGCCAUCCUUACCUACACGGGAAAGCGCAUCAUUGAUAAUAUAUUGAAAGAGCAUAUCGUUGAUCCAUUGCCUCAAGGCGCCAAGCUUUUCGCGUUGUGGGAUUGUUGCCACUCUCACACAGUGCUGGAUUUGGAGCAUUCCAACUGCAACGGGUUAUGGCGGAGGCCCCUCAAAGUCUUGUCAGGUGAGAGAUAUAUUGUAUUGUGUCUUUGAGUCGAUACUGAUGAUUUCAGGUCUGGCAAGGAAAACCAAGACCCUCGGUGGGUAUUUUUUUACUCUGUUCGUCAUCACAUUA